UUUUAAUUUUUUUUCUUUUUUCUUUUUUUGCUAAAAGAUAUUGGAUAAGUUAAAAAGAAAGUGUUGAUAGAAUUUUGGGUGCUUGGAGCUUCGGAAUCGGAAAGAGAAAAUGUCUUUGCUUCUUCAUUCAGAUUCCUUCCUCUCUUUGCUUUUCUUAAUUUUCAAAUUAUGACCAAACCCUAAUAUUGUUCAUGGACCUUCCCACCUCCAUCGCCAUUGACAAUGGCCAAGUCUUCUUCGAAGCCCUUGACGAAUUCCACGUCCCCUUCUACGAUUGCCCCGAUUCCUUCUCCGAUCACACUCCUGACUCUUCCUCAUCCUCCGCACUCGACACUCCCCUUCCCAAAUCCCCACCACCGGAGGCUUCUUCUCCGGCCCUAACUAUCCGGCGACGUCGUUUGGCUUCUCGAAAAUUCUCCAACAAGGAAUCCAAUGAUUCGAGUUUAGAUAAGCCUUCUUCAUUAUCGGAGAUUGAUUCAGUUGAGAGUAGUACGAAGUGGAGUGAAAUUGGUGGGAAUUUGCAGGAGAAUGGCGACAAGUCUGAUUUUAAUAAGGAACCUGUUCGAGUCACCAAUGAGGUGAGUGAAAGCCUUGUUGUUGAUUCGAUCAACUCGGAUGCAGAUGAAGUGAAUGGUUCUUCAUCCUCUAACUUGCUUAUUUUUGCAGCUUCUUUGGUGAUUAAGGCUAUUGGAUUUCAAUUUGAUUUGUUCGUUAAAUUUGUAACUUUUCCCAUUUGGGUUUCUUAUACCUCUUACAUGAUUCUUGUUGACCCCUUUUUUACAAUGAGGCGUGGUAGAGAUUAUUUUACUGGGAAAAUGGUGAAAUUAUGGGACUUGGUACUUGGGUUUGUUAAUCCAUAUGUGUCGGAUUGGUUGAAAGAUAACAAGUCGAUUGAGAAAGUGGCAUGGAGUUGUUUUUGGGGUUCUCUUUGGGCAAUUUAUGUUUGCUUCGUGUUAUGUUCUUUUCUGUUCUUGUCAAGUUUGUUUAGUGGGCUCAUAAUGAGGUAUUUUGUUGAGGUGCCCCUUCAUAUGAAGCAGGUCUUGAACUUUGAUUUCACUAAGCAUCGUCCUGUUGCUUUCGUUCCCAUAAUAUCUUGUGUUAAUGCCGGUUGUGGCAUGGACUGUGAACAACAGAUUGAAGCUCGAAACACAGUCGGAUUUCGGGUUAUCCCUGUUGGUCACAAAUUGCAGGCUACUGUUUCAAUGGCAUUGCCUGAGUCUGACUACAACAGAAAUCUUGGGAUCUUUCAGGCGAGGCUAGAGUUCCUGUCUGUGAAAGGUGAAAUUCUUUCAAGUUCAAGCCAUCCUUGCAUGUUACAAUUCAAAAGCGAGCCUAUUCGCAUUCUAUGGACCUUCCUUAAGGCUGUCCCUCUUGUUGCCGGCUAUCAAUCCGAAUCUCAAACUUUAAAUGUUAAGUUUAAAGGUUUCAGGGAAGGAGAUGUCCCUACUGGAUGCAUAAAGGUGACAAUCGAACAAAGAGCGGAAUACCGACCUGGUGCUGGUAUUCCUGAAAUGUACGAUGCUUCCCUAAUCGUUGAGUCUGAACUUCCAUUGUUGAAAAGGGUAUUGUGGCAUUGGAAGAUAUCCAUAUUCAUAUGGAUCACUAUGACAUUGUUUUUCAUAGAGUUGUUGUGUGCUCUGGUGUGUUGUAAUCGUAUCAUUAUCCCUAGACCAAGACAGAGACAAAGGAAUAGUUCUAUUAGCAGUGGUGCUACUACUCAAAACAACCCUACUGCACGAAGUGGCAAUGGCGGGUUACACAGAGCUGCACCAUUGGACGCUGCUGCUGAUGCUGCAGCCCAUCAAUAUAGGCAUGCCAUCACAACUCUUUCUUUUCUUUGAUUUACGUUUCCAACACUCGUAUAAUUAUUUUUAUAUUAUUUAUUAUGUACAUAACUACCAAAGUUAUUAUAUAAAAAAAAAAAAAUCCAUUGGAGUAAUAAUUGACAUAAUAUUCUCCAAAAUUUGAUCUUCGGUUGAUAAAGAUUGUACUUAGUUGGGGGAUAUUAUCCUACUCCAAUCUACUCUAGUUGUAAUGGAUUCCAUUCAUUUAUUAUAACAAAAAAAUAUGAAUUUUUAUUUUGGCUCAAA